AUGUUACCUCAGCAGAUUAUCUUUACUCGCCGUUCCUUCUCUUCACCUUUCCUUCAAUCUAUCCGUGCUGCGCACAAUUCAACGACAUUGGGUAUUCCCUUCAAGCUUCAUUCUCGUCGCUGGUUGCCCUUCGUCAGACUCGCUGUCGACGGCCAACUCCUUCCCCUUCCCUUUACCAGUAAAACGCGCAGCUAUCGGACUUCGUGGACUUUGCGCUUCAAUGCGGCUCGUUUAGCUGCUGCGACUUGCUACCAGCAGUGGUUUACCAAGCUUCGCAACACCACUUCACAUUUGUAUGAAGCCUACUUCAAUGACAUCUUUCUUUUUGAACGCGGUGGGGUCCCUAAUGACCAGUCUGGACUGUGCGUACGUUACGAUAUUGUCGGCGCAAAUCGCAAGAAUACGGUCAAGCUGCCAUGGCUUUGGAUCAACACUCAAGCGGAGAUGUUGUAUUGGUGUUUGACUAUCGGCAGGUCGCGCCCUGGCGCCCUGCAUUGA